CUAUUCAAACCAAUCAAAACUUCUUGUUUCAGCCUCUACAAACAGAACCUUUAUUGAAAAAAUCAAUUCUGGACAGACAGGUAGACAUGUGAUGGAUGGAAUGCAUUGCAACAAAGUAUUUAAGCAUGUUUAAUGAGGAUCCCACUAUAAUUUGCGUAAUAAAGUAAAUACACAUAGUACGUCACAAUGAUAAUGGAAUAUAUUGUUCACUUUAGAACUUCUGGUCACAUGUUUCAUAAAGUUCAAAAGUUAGAAAAAGUACACCAGAAAUAUCAUCAAAGUGUCAUUUAUUGAUAAAGAUGACAAUAUCUCAACAAAAAAAUAUUAGUGAAAAGAAUGGAACAGAAUAUAUACAAUGGGAUUUACUUCUUAACCAAUCAACCAUUCAUCAAAACUCCACAAAUUCUUCCACAAGCAUGGAGACCGAGUAUAACUGGGCUAUCUUAUUAUGGUCUCCGUUGAUAAUAUUUGGAAUUGCUGGGAAUAUACUUGUGUGUAUGGCUAUAUCUAUGGAGAAACGCCUUCAAACUGUGACAAAUUACUUCCUCUUGUCUCUUGCUGUGACUGACUUACUUGUUUGUGUUAUAGUUAUGCCUUUUAGCAUCAUUAAUGAAUUUACAGGUCAGUGGUUGUUUGGACCAGUUCUUUGUGAUUUUUAUGUGACUGCUGAUGUCUUCAUGUGUACUUCCUCUAUACUUCAUUUAUGUACUAUAUCACUUGAAAGAUUCAUGGCUAUACGAGCACCUCUUUCAAACCGUAAUAAAUCAAAAACUGUUGUGAUAUUAAAAAUAAUAAUGGUGUGGGUUAUUGCUGUGACAAUAUCUAGUCCAAUUACAAUUUUAGGAUUUAUAGACGAGUCAAAUGUUUUGAGUGGGGACUACUGUGUUCUAAGCAACAAACAUUUUAUGAUAUAUGGAUCAAUAUGUGCUUUCUUCAUUCCACUUUUCAUCAUGAUUUUAUCCUACAGUAUAACUUUGUAUUUACUCAUAAGACAGUCUAAAAAGUGUCAAAGAGGAAAUCACAAUGGUAAACCUAUAAUAAGGAGAUCUCUGAGUCGAAAACCUGUUCAACGCCGUCCAUAUGUACGAUUUCAAUCAAAACUCACUUCUCCAAAUGGAAGUAUUGUCGGCAAUGCCGAUAAUCAGUUUUCACCAAUGAUAGGUAGAAAGCAAGGCAGAAAACAAAGAUUACAUCCCAGCUUAACUUUUCCUAUACAAAAGAAUACCCCAUAUCUUAGUCCGGGAGAUGUAUCACCUGAGAAGGAAUGUUCUGUGUAUCAUUCACAAGAAGUGUUAAACAGUAAAUGGGGUAAAAAGACCCACUUUAAUCUUUCAAGUCCAUCAGCGUUAUCUAGACUAAUCAAGAAACAUCAAAUGGAGCUUAAAGAAGCAAGAAUAAAAACAGAUGAUGUUCAGACUGAACAGAAAGCUUCAAAAGUCAUAGGAAUAGUAUUUAUAAUAUUUGUAGUCUGCUGGGCGCCAUUUUUCAUCAGCAACAUUACUUCAGCCUUGUGUGAUAAAUGCCACUUCAGUCAGACACUGAUUUCAACUUUCGUGUGGCUUGGCUACUUGUCAAGCACGAUAAAUCCUAUUAUUUAUACAAUGUUUAACAAAACAUUUAAAAUGACCUUUAAAAAACUGAUACUUUGUCAAUAUGACACGCUUCAACGUAAAACACGGGUUCAACGUUGGAUGUUAAGUAAUGGAAUAAGUCACUAUCCAACAAGCUCCAGUACGGUUAGCUUAGAGACACCAUGCUGACCAAACAUAAAAAUCAUUUUACAGUGAAGUACAAUUUACCUGACAGAAGCCAAUUAAUCAUCAACUGAGAUCAUCUCAAACUGUUUUUAAUUGUCUCAAAGAUGGAUUUCCAAUAUUAAAAUAAUAAUAUAUCUUCUUUAA